AACUUCAACGCCAGACAGACAGUGUAUGAAACACUGAAACACGGUGCGAAGCGCUCGUUGGACUUUUUCCACAUUUUGACAAUUUUUGAACAUAUUUUCUGCCAUGGGCUCACAGCCUCCACCAAAACCGUGGGAAAGACGUAUUCCUGGGGUGAUGAGUGCGCCUAUAAAUUACAGAUCAACAGAUUUCAGACCAACUGUGGGCCCCUCUAUUUCUGCUGGUCCUCCUGCCUUGAUGAGAGUGGCUCCCCCAGUACCGCCUCGGCCACUCCAGCAGUCCUACCGUCCAUCAUACAAUUCUUUCACCACCUCCUAUAGUCCAUAUGGAAACUCUGUCUACGGGGGAUUCAGCCCCUACAGCUAUGGCGGUGGCUAUGGCCUGGGAGGAUAUAGCCGUUUCUCCCACACAGAAGAUGUUGCCCCCAGCCGGUUUGUGCAGCAAGCAGAGGAGAGCAGCCGUGGCGCUUUCCAGUCUAUUGAGAGCAUUGUCCACGCCUUUGCCUCUGUUAGUAUGAUGCUAGAUGCUACGUUCUCCGCUGUGUACAACAGUUUCCGUGCUGUGCUGGAUGUGGCCAACCAUCUAACACGGCUUCGUGCACACCUCACCCGGGUUUUGUCUGCCUUUGCACUGGUACGCACCUUGCGCUACCUCUACCGGCGAUUACAAAGGCUGUUGUCUCGAAGGACAGAUGAUGAAGUGGAGGACUUGUGGGCAGACAGUGCUAGUGAUGCCUUGGCUACAAAUUCAUCCAGAGGGUACGACAUGGAUGGUCACAGCAUUAAGUCCUGGCCAAUCUUUCUGUUUUUUGCUGUAGUCUUGGGGGGACCAUAUCUUAUCUGGAAACUUUUAAGCUCCAAUCCUGGGACUGAAGAAAGUGCUACUAACUGGGCCAGUGGGGAGGACGAUCAUGUUGUGGCAAGAGCAGAGUAUGAUUUUACAGCUGCAUCUGAGGAGGAGAUUUCACUGCGGGCUGGAGACAUGCUUAAUCUAGCUCCUAAAGAGCAACAGCCCAGGGUGCGUGGCUGGCUGCUUGCCAGCAUGGAUGGUCAGACCACUGGUCUUGUUCCAGCAAACUACGUGAAAGUUCUUGGAAAGAGGAGAGGCCGUAAGCAUGCACAGAUGGAGCACCUUGUCCAGACUGAGCAAGAGAACCCACAGUGCUCUUUGACUGCAGACCUGCAACCAAAUCCAGCCCAAGGUCCUGUAACGGGCAUCAGAUCAGCCUCGGGCGCAGUUUGCUCUGACAUGCUGCUAGAAUCAGUAUACAACGAAUCACCAGCUUCACAGAGUCUGGAAACCACCAACUCCAGUUUGCCCUCCUUCACAGUGCUGAACAUCCCUCAGAAAACUGACCUGUGAGGUUUGUGCACAUAAUGCCCACAUUGUUUUUGGGGAAUGUUAAACUCUGAGGCUUGAAUAAUAAUCUGAUAAUAUCUGUCCAUCAAAAUUGAAGCAUGGACCUCACUGAGAGCUGGUCAUAAGUUAAAGAUCAUCUUUGAAAUUCAAAUAAUUGAAUCUGGACCUUUUUAAUUGGCUUUCUGUUGAAAAAUGGUUUCCACACUGAAUUUGCAUGUUGAACUGGUGUUUUGAACCUGUUUUUGGUUUGGCAUUCAUUAGUACAAGAAAGUGUUCUGUUCUUAUAGUUGUUAUGUGGAGGCAUUUUUUCAUCAUGCCAGAAGUAAAUGUUGAUUGAUGUAGACUUGCAGAUCAUCCAGAUUGUUGGUGGCCAUAAUGGAAGACAAAAACAAUGAAGUGGGAUUAACUUGAAAAAGAUCAGCUCUUGAGUGCUUAUAUGUGGCAGAUAGUCUGGUCAAACAGAUGCCAUGCGCUGAUGCUGCAUCCAUAAUUCCUCAGAACUGCCUUAGCAUGCAACUAGUCCAUCCCCACCUUUUUGAGAGUAACUAUCUGCCACAGCCAGGUGGAACAUGAGCAUCUCCUUGGUAUCCUCCACCUGCUUAGUCCUCACAAACUGAGGCACCUGUGUGCCAGAUCAUAGCCAAGAAUACUCGCCACACAGCCAGUACAUCAUAGUUUAUGCUCCCUCACAAUUCAGGUGACAUGACUUGUAGUCUUGCAGAUGCCAAGACAUGGAUAUAAAUGAUGUGUGCAGAUGUGUCACCAUGGCCAGAAGUAUUGUUGAAUUCACGUUUGAGAAAUUGAUGUUCAUUUUUUUUUUUCAGUGGGUACAAGGGAGACCUCAGAUACCAGUGACUGAGUAGCACACCGCAACGUUAUGUGUUGUAGAAAAAGUUCUCUGCUUGCAGUAAGGACAAACAAGAUGAUUUAUCUUUAAAGGUGUUUUACGUCAGGUAAAAUUUUUACAUAGAGGAAAUAAACUGUAAAAGAAAUUGGCCUUUACAUAU